GACGCUGCCCUGGAGUUUUGUUGUGUUUUCAGUGCUCUGUCAUUUACAGCCUUCGAUUUGUCUGAACUUUUAACCACAAAUCACGAUGUUUAUCAGUAGUAUGGCAAAGAGAAAACCUUCAGAGAAAGAUUCAUUUUAUAACUUACGACCUCUACCCUCCAGAGGAACAACAAAGCGAAAUCCCGAUGAAGAUUUCCUGCUGAGAGGUCGGCGAACUCCAUUCAGGUGUGCUGUGUUCGUUAUAUACAAGCUUACAAUAUUUUUUAAACUCAGAUUUCUCCUAUUUGCCUUCUUGUGCCUUUUAAACAGUACUCACUUCUUCUAGCUGUGUGUUAAAAGUUAACGGGGCUCUGUGGGCAAUCCUCUCGCUGAAAACAAACUCUCCACAGUGUAGUUCAGUUUCUUGUUCAUGCUGCAAAGUCUCUUAUUUUUAUUGUUUAAGUUUACAACUUUUUCAUUACCUAGAGCCUUGUUGUAUAUGAGGUUACUGAUUUAGACUCAAUAGACUCUUUAUAUAACAACUUGAUUGGGAAACUUUAGAACUACGUUGCAGCAUUUGAUCUUGUAUACUGCUCCCUGUCUGUCCUCCGGUUUGUCUUUGUCCUUGACAAUUUAGUAAGCAGUCGCCGUAAAGUGGUUAUCGGUUUGUGUGCAACACGUAUAUUGUAAGGUUGUAAUUUACGUGCAAUAGUUUCAGAGGUGCCUCUGAUGUACGGUAUAGUCGCUGGCGUAACAGGGCCAGAGUUGGUCUGAGUGUUGCAAUCAGUGUUACUGUGAGUGUUCCGUCUAACAAAGUCCGUGUUGUAAUUGUUCUUACUAAAAACGUUGUUAAGAUAAUCGGUCUCGUCUUGUAGGCUGUCAGGUGAGUCACAAACUAGUUGCGCUCGUCUCGUCAGAGUCCGGAUAGUAGUAGCCUUGUGAGAGGUCGGGUUGUACGAAGACUUGUCUAGUAAUCGAUCGGUAUGUAUCGGUUUUCUGUAAAUAGUCGUUUUUAGUUUGUUGUUGUCGCAAGUGACCAAGCAUUCUAGAAAAGGUAUCUUACCAUUUUCUUCGAUCUCCUUGGUGAACUAGUAACAACAACAGUAUACAAGAUCAAAUGCUGCGACUGCCAGGCUUCUUACAUCGGUGAAACCGGCAGAAACCUAAGCGCGCGACUGACCGAACACAAACGAGCGACAAAGAAUGGUGACGUCAACAAUCACAUUGCUGAGCACCAUUUAAAGACGAAACAUCAAAUUGACUGGGACUCUGCGACAUGUAUAAUGUAUUCUACUGACUACUAUCAAUGUCUUACUUUAGAAAGCUGGUUUACUAACUUAGAACAAACGCCACUGAAUUGUAGCCAACAGUUACCAGCACUGUACAAACAACUUAUUGACGAGAUCAGGCAAAACUAACUACAAGAGAAUGACAAUUUGACUAACGAUAGACGACUGUUUAACUGUGACAAUAGAUGGAUCAAAACGUACCGAUUACUGAUUACGAGUCUUCGUAGCCAAUAACAUCACGGCUUAACUGACAGACGACCAAUAACAUCACGACAUAAUUGACCAAUCAAAUCAAUAACCAGAGUAUAAUACCAUCAACUGACGUGAUACAACUCACUUUGACUCUGAAGAUGACUACUGCACAGGUUGUCGAAACGUCAGUCACUGUCAACAACAACAGUCCUAUUCAGGACUAUGUUCACCUGGACGAUCAAACUCAACCUACUUUUGAAGAUAUAACAUUACUAACCUUUUUUAAAAACUGACUGGCAUGAUUUGUUUUGCCCCAAUAUGGUACAAGUAUGUAAUUAUGCAGCUUACAUAAUUAUUUUUGUUCUCAUUUAAAGUGAUGUCCAGUUAGAAAAUAAUGAUCAGAAAGGAGGAGCUUUCAAAAUGGGUUCCCAAAAUUUGAGUCAAAUUUAACCUUCUUCUUGUCUACUAUUCUUGGUUUUCAAAUGUCACAAAUUUUUAUGCAGUCUUCAGUUGUGUUCUUGCAAUUCUAAAACAAAACAGAUUCUAUUGAAGAAAUCCUCUCUUAAAGGGGUGUAUUAAAUUAAAUGUAACUGUGGAAUUCCCAAUGGAAACUGUGGAAAUUUGAAUGCUGGUCACGAGCAUACAACUAACAACCUUUAAAGAAUUAAUUUCCACUCCUUAAAUGCCAUCACUUACAGUAAAUAUUCAUAACAUAUACAACCAGUUCACAAAAUGCAUACAAAGGAGCUAAUUCCCCAAACUUACAUGACACUACACCCUAUGGGUCUCAGAAAAUCUUAAUGUGAUCUUUAAUUCUUCUUAUUGUGUGGUUAGGUCUCAUUUGUGUGUGUGUGCAUGGGUGUAUGUGUGUUGAUUUUGGUCUCAGAGUCUUGAGCUCUUUGGUCUUUAGUCUUGGAUUUUAAACUGCAGGUCAGCAUCCUGGCAGGUCUUAAGAUUUUGCCACCCUUGACAAAGUUUUCAAAUAGUUCUCAAUUUUCAGCCUAAUUUUCCUUGUCAGUUACUUACAGCAAGUUUAGAUUACUGCACAUGUUUUUACGGAAAAUGAAAGUUUAUUUAAAAAAUGUACAGAAAAUUAUGUAUGGUGGAUUGUUAACAAAAUCUUACUUAAUGCUGACGUUACUUUUAUUCACUGUCUAGGAUAAAACCACAGAAUUAUCGCACCAACUCGGAGAUGACCAUAUCAACCACAGGAAAGUCAACUCGGCAGAACACGAGAACUCCUUCCCGGCAAUCAGUUAGCUUCCAAGAGUUUCACCAAUCUUCAGAUGAAGAGUUGGAUCCAGAUGAUUUAGCUCUGGAUUUGUCAGAAUUUGAUGAUGGCCCUGAAGAAGAAUUAUUAAGACUCCAACACAAAAACUAUUCAAAAGAUACGUUCCUGGAUGGCAGCAUUAAUUCAGACAGCUGGUUUAUAAAUCCAGUUCAUCGCAUGACAAGCCCUCCUGUUAACAUUGAAAAAAUGGCGCGUAGGCGACCUUUAAAAGCAGCUGUUUUGAAGACUUCUUUAGAGGGAAACAUUGCAAGUGAUCCUACUGAAGACAUUACAAAAACGCCAAUCAGGGAUUUUGAUUUGUCUGUUUUUAGAAAUGCCGAAAAUCAAAUGUUGUCAUCGCGAACCUUAAGUGCCUUUGCAACUCCAUAUCAGGAAGAACUAGCCCGGUUGAAGUUGGAUAGAUUACGUCUGGAGGAGGAAAGGCUCCUAAAAAAGAAAUGUCAUGAUGAACUUGAAAGAAUAAGGGGCCCUAAGCCCAAGUGGUAUGAACUAAAGACUCCUGAGUUUCAUCGUGAAGCUAAGAGAAACAAUGACAUACUAUCAUUAUCAGGACACUAUGAAGAUAUUAUGGAAUAUAGACAGCAGCUAUUGUCUUGUUUAGGAGAAGAGAAAGUGGCUAAUAAGUGA